AAUGGGACCAUCGAUUUCAUGGCAUCAAUGAUAUGGAGGCGGAGCUUAUCGAUCCUCAACAAAGAAUGGUCCUAGACUGUGUGCACAUGGCUCUGGAGGAUGGUGGGAUUCGUAGAAAAGACAUUGAAGGAACUGAUACCGGAGUCUACAUUGGAUGUAUGACAGAUGACUACAAAGGGCAUGUAAUGGAUGAUAGUAGCAUAAGCAGUACAUAUUCAGUAACUGGAACACAGGCCAGUAUAAUCAGUGCAAGAGUUGCUUAUGCCUACAACCUCUCUGGAACUGCACUAACGCUCGAUACAGCUUGUUCCUCCUCUCUUGUAGCAAUAAAUGUAGCGUCACAGGAAUUGAAGUUUGGGAGUUGCAGUUUGGCAAUAUGUGGAGGAGUAAAUGUUCUGAUGGACCCGCAACUUUUUGUUGCUUUAUCAAAGGCAAGAAUGUUAUCACCGAGCGGACAAUGUAAAACAUUUACAAAUGAAGCAGAUGGAUAUGCCAGGGGUGAGGGUUGCGGCAUCGUGAUUUUGAAGAAACUGAAAGGGGCAUUGAAAGAUGGAAACAAAAUAUGGGCAACUAUUAAAACAGGGUCAAAUCAGGAUGGUCAUAUGAUAGCUCCAAUAACAGCACCUUCUGGGAUACAACAGGAAAAUCUGAUAAAGAAAGUGUAUACAAAAUAUGCCAUUGACAAAUCAAAAAUACAAGUUAUUGAGGCACAUGGUACUGGUACACCGAUUGGGGAUCCAACUGAAGCUAAUGCUCUUGGAAAUAACUUUGGAAGAGUUGCAAAAGCGCAAGGUGAUGUAUAUAUAGGGUCUGUGAAAACUAAUAUUGGUCAUCUUGAAGCUGCUGCCGGUGUUGCGGGCAUAAUCAAAGUUCUUCUCAUGAUGAAGCAUGGAACUAUUGUUCCUUCACUGUGGUAUACAAAAGAGAAUGAAAAUCCAAAACUAAAUCUUUCUAAGUACGGGUUUCUUGUGCCAACAAAAUGCGUAAAAUGGGACAGUCCAGCAAAUAUACAACGAUUAGCAUGCGUUAACAGUUUCGGUUUUGGUGGAACAAAUGCACAUGCGAUUGUUGAAGAAUACAAUAACCCAAGUGAACCUUUUUGUAAAGAAUCAAUGCCGCCGGAAUCUCUUCCGUACUUGGUAACUUUGUCUGCGUUUGAUAAAGACACUCUUAUUUCAAAUGUUCAACAUUUAUAUGAUAGCCUUAAAUUGCAGGAUUAUGACUUGGCUGUUUUAUCAUGUACGUCAACAUGCAAACGGGAUCAUAGGAAUUACAGGAAAGCAUUUUUCGGCAAGAGUCAAGAAGAGAUCCUCGGUCAAUGCAGUACAUUUCUCAAUAUAAGUGAAAGCGUUCAGGCAGCCAUUGAGAUGAAGAAUAUUGUCUUUGUGUUUUGUGGAGUAGGCACUGCGUGGAAUGGUAUGUGUAAAUCUCUGAUGAAAAUUGGAACAUUUGAAGCAGAGAUACAAAAGCUAGACAACUUUCUGAAGCCAUUGACUGGAUGGGCGAUUUCAGAAAUCUUUUACGAAGGCAGAGAGAUUGUAUUAGACCCAAUGGUGGCACACAUAGCUAUAUUUGCCUGUCAGGUGGGUCUUGUGGCUUUAUGGAGACAUUAUGGAAUAAAGCCAGAUGUAGUUGUGGGGCAGUCCGUCGGAGAGGUAGCAGCAGCAUACGUUGCCGGUAUCUUGGAUCUACAAACAGCAGUAAAAGUAAUAUACAACAGAUCAAAAUAUCUUGCAACAGUAAAGCAAGGUCAAAUGGCAGUGGUUCGAAAUGUUGCUGUAGAUGUGGUCCAGAGGUUAUGUGAUGAAAGCAAAGGGUCUCUUCACAUUUCAGUUUUCCAAAGUCCUAUAUCAUGUACAGUGUCGGGAUCGGAAAAAGCUAUACAGACGUUCAAAGAGAGUUUACAACAGUUUGAAGAUAUAGAUCCAGAUAUAAGGGAAUUAGAUGUGCAAUGUGCUUACCAUAGCCCUUACGUUGUCGACGCAUCAAAGCAACUUGGGCGUGAAGUUAAAGGUAUUACAGUAAAAAAAAGCAGUAUUCCGGUUUAUUCCACAGUUUCAGGAAAACUUGAAUCCGACGGUUGGUUUGGAUCAGCAAGUUAUUGGGAGAAUAAUGUAAGACAGCCAGUGAUGUUUGGAGCGGCAAUUAAAUCUUCGGUCUCAGACAAGAGGUUUACAGUUUUCAUUGAGAUAGGGCCAAGUCCAGUACUUCGAGCACAUAUCAGCAGCAUUCUUAGAGACAAUAAAAAUUACGCAGUAUAUCCGUCCAUGACAAAGCGUGAUGAAAUACAUACAUUGGCGGGCACACUGUGUGACCUAUACGGAACGGGUUUAGAUCUGAACUGGAGCGCUUUGAACGCAUGCCAUACCCGUACCACAGAUGUACCUAUGUAUCAACUCCGUAAAUAUAAACAACUAUAUCAGAGUCCGUCUGCAAUAAUGCGAAAUCAAGGAGUAGGAUCUGUAAACAUUGACCAUUUGUAUAUAACUCAACAACCACAGAAGGAAGGAAACAUCCAUCUAAAAGCAGAGGUAGAUGAGAAAACUACACCAUUUGUAUUUCAGCAUGUCGUCACAGGUUUUAUUUUAUUACCAGGCGCAUUUUAUGCAGAUAUUGGCUUUGAAAUAUGUCGGGCUUUAGGACGUCAACAAGAUUUAACAUUUGUUUCAUUAGAAUUUUUGCGACCUGUCAAGAUAGACAAGGGAAUGAAGGCAGUUUUAUAUGUCAGUACGAUUAAUCAGAAAGACGAAGUAUUAUUUCAUGUAAAACAUAAUCAAAUCACAAUGUGUAAAGGUUGGGUGCACCCUGUUACAUUUGAAGAAACAUACCACCACAGAACAGAUAUUGAACGAUUGAAACUAUCAAUUGUUUACAAUGGUAGCAGAAGUUUGAGUGGCAAGGAAAUCUACGAGAUGUUGGAUUCAAUGGGAUUUCAGUACGGACCAUACCUACGUUUACUUAAAAGCAGUACAAGUAAUGGGAAUGAAAGUUUGACAGAAACGAUAGUGCCCAAAGAAGUAUUUGGCGAAAUAGACAAAACCACUAUUCAUCCAUGUAUUUUAGAUGCUAUGAUGCAGUCGACAAUUAUCACAACAUCAAAAGAUUUGAUCCAAAUGGUGCAAAACGAAAGUCUGACACUUCUUCCUGUAAGUCUUGGUCAAAUAAACGUUCUUCGAAAACCUGAUAAAAAGAUGUAUAUUUAUACAAAACGAAUAAAUUUGACACUGCUGGAAACUGUACUUAUGAUUCACUACAACAUACUCUUGAUGACAUCCGACGGUACUGCCGUUGCUGACCUUAGAAACUACACAACUUACGGAAAGAGAAAUGCAGCAGUAUCGCCUUGUGAAUUGAACUACCGCAUAACAUGGCAUCCGUUUGAACUUGAAAAACGUGACAAGGCAGACGAGCCAAAAACAAUUGUUCUGACGAGUAUGCACCUAGAUGAAAUCGAAGAUUUUGUGACAGAAGAUGAAAAUAAUACCAUUAUCCAUAAAGGAGACAAUAUGACAAAUGCAAAGUACGCUGACAACGCAUUUUUGGUUGCGUCGAAACAAUGGAAUGGCCUGCAAAAUGUCGAUGCCGUUAUCUUACUUAUUGAAACUGGCGCUGAAAAUGAUAUAUGCCAAAAUGAUGCAGAAUGGCUGCACAAUAUUAUAAAAGAUAACUGUUUGCUGUUCACAGAGGUAGUCAAAAGUAUGACCAGACAUAACUUUAAAGCUAAUCUUUACGUUGUUACACAGAACACACAGGCAACAUUUCCAAUGAAGGACAGGUCAAUAAACAUUGUAGGUGGAGAGUUAUGGGGGUUUGUUCGAUCUGUGUACACUGAAUUUAUACAUGGCGAUAUCACACUAGUAGACCUGCAAUCAUACAAUGUUGACACUAAAGAAACCUUACACAGUUUAAUCAAAAAUACUUGUAGGCACACAGAACUGACCAAACUUGAAGUCGUCAUUUAUCAAAAUAAAUUAUAUGGAGCACAGUUCACAAAAGUACCUAAAAAAGAGAUAAUUCAGUCUUUAAGAGAUGAGAAUCGAAGCGUAGAUAUAGCUCAAAAGUCUUACAGAGUGUUAGCCUCGGUAUCACAACGCUUCCCGGCACUGCUUUCUCCAGUUGUCGUACAACCCGAGAGUUCCAGUGAAAAUGCAAAGAAUCAUAUGACAAUUCGAAUAAAGUUCGUCAGCAUGCAUCCGUUGUUUAUGUUUCCGAGAACGACUGGAGGCAAGAAGCUAGAACAGGACAUAUGGCAGGAACCACUUGAUGAUGGUCAGCAAAUACUUGGUCUCGAAUAUGUAGGAUAUCAAGUAAACAAGCGCAAGAAUGGCAGAUUUGUAUGCAAAAGUACAAAAAUUGAAUCCGAAUACGAAGAUUUCGAUAAUCAGUGGGAAGUUGUUGUUCUUUUUCCAGCUGAAAUACUGACAGAAAUGUUAGUUCCCAAUGACUGCACGGUUUGCUUGAAAGAUAUACCAUUUUACCAACCUGGGUUACUGCUGUAUGCGACAUUAUCAUGGCAAAUUGUAGAUAUAGUGCAAAAAAGCGCUAGUGUUGUGAUACAUUGUAAAAACGAAACAGAACAACCGGCAACGAUUUUACGGACAAUGCUAAAGGACAGGAAGAACAGUUAUAUUUUGGAUUUGUCAAAGGAUAUUAAAGACAAACAGGGAGAUAUUGAUUUCCUUAUAUCUCUUGACCACUUAGAUGCAGGUUUCUUCUUACUGGGAAAAUGUAAGACCAUUAUUUGCUUUGAAGACAGCGUUUCUGAUUCUUUCAAAACCAGAGUAGCGAAAACAGGAGAACAGUACAUAAGAAGCAUAAAUGUUAGCGAUGCACUGGCAAGAAAACAAGUGAGUAAAAUUCUGCCCAAAGUUGUGUCGUGGCUACAAAAGAACUAUCGACAUCACACAACGACACCAACAUGCACUGACAAUUUAUCAGAUUCAUCAUCGACCUGUGAAGUACCACCUGAUGAGCAUUGUAGAAUACCCUGUCCAACAGUCGAUCUGAUGAACGCACAUAAAAUUUGCUUACCCGUUAGAAACCCACUUGGUAACCUUUUUGCAAGAAAUGGCGUUUACAUUAUAACAGGGGGUUUAACUGGAUUAGGUUGGGAGUUACUUCUGCUCAUAGCAGAAAUGGGAGCAGGUUGUGUUGUCUCCAUGUCAAGAAGAAAUGUUUCAGAAGAUAAGAUGACACAAAUAAGACAGAUGGAGGAGCAAACAGGAUGCAAAUUUGUAAGUCUUAGAGCUGAUGUAACCGAUCUUGUUUCUGUACAAGAAGCAUUGGAAGAGUUACGAGGCAAGGUACCGGGAGGUAUGACACUAAGGGGAAUUUUUCAUGGAGCUGGUGUUAUACAAUCUAAGCUGCUUGUGGAUAUAGACGAAGAUAAUGUAGAAUUCAUACUUAAGCCAAAAGUGCUAGGAACCUUAAAUUUGCAUGUAGCAACAGAAUCAUUGAACUUGGACUACUUUGUUGUUGCAUCAUCAAUUAAUAGUCUAGUUGGAUCACCGGGACAAUGUACUUAUGGGGCAGCUAAUUCGUUCCUAGAUGCGUUUAUGGAAUGGAGGAGAAGGAAAAGUUUGGCAGGCCAGUCAAUAAACUGGGGAGCUCUCUCCGUGGGUAUGGCGUCAAGGCCAGAGUUCACGGAAAAUUUUUCAAAACGAGGUUUUAAUUUAUUGUCUGUCCUUGAAAUCCGCAGCUGCUUUCAACAGGCGAUGAUGCAGAAUUCUACCUGUACAGUUUUUGCUAAUAUCAAUUGGGAUAUGUUUGCAAAGGACUAUACAAACCCUAAAUUGGCAAGAAUAAGAUUGCAGAUGUCAGUCUUGAUUGAUCAGAUGGUGUCUUUUGUAAUGGAACUCGACAAUGAUGGAAUCGACAAUAUGACAUUUGAUGUAGAGACCUUAAAACUUGCAGAUCAAGGCGCACAGAAGCUGGCAAUAUCACAAUUUAUCUUGAAGGUAACGACUAAGGUUACUGGAGGGGACGUCUCGCAAAUAAAAUCUGCAUCUACACUAGCUGAAUUGUCCUUUGAUUCCAUGUCCACCCUAACAUUUAUUAAUAUCGUGCAUGAUUUCACAGGGUACCGAAUUCAUGGAGAAAUUAUGGCGAAUACAAGCAGCACCUUGGAUGACGUAGGAAAUUUACUUUAUAGUGAAAUUUUUGAAACUGACACCAGAAAAGAAGAUACCACAGGUAUGCUUAAUGUACCAAUUGCUAUUGUAAGCGGAGAGAUCAACGCAAUGGCACCAGUCGAUAGUUAAGACUGCAAAGUGCGACAAAUAUGUAGAAAUACAUGGAUUCAAUUGGCUGUAUGGUGAUUAACUAUAAUUUCGUGACGAAGCUAAGGUUAUUGAAUUUAAAGCGUUCUUCCAUAAAUAUUUCCUUCAAUACAUGCUUUGGAUCUAUUUUGUUGUCAUAGAAAGUCAAUGAAAUAAAAAGUACCGCAAAAAUCUAUUCACAAAUGUAAAAUGCAAUAGUACAACUAAGAAAUUAGGAUGAAACAGACGUCGAUACACACAUUGUAACACACUUAUUAAUGGAAGUACAUUUAGAUAAAAUGUGAUUAUAAAGAAAGCUAUAUUGAAAAAAUGUAAUAUUCAGUGCGUCGGCGAGACUCAUUAACAAAUGAAUAGUCAUUAAUUGCUCCCAUGCUUAAAUUGCUGCUUCACAUUUUAUUGAAUUGUAACAUAAAACAUGACUAUACGUUAAUGACAACUGAGUAUGUAAAGGGAGGUUUUGGGUACAUACAACAUAUCGGAAUUGUACGAUAUUUUGUGACCUUGCGUUUAAAAUCGGUUUCCGCUUACAACCUAGAAUAUGUUUAAGCCUACGGCCUUUAAAACUCAUUUGAUGAUUGCUUGUGGUCAGCAGAUGCAUUAGAUGACUUCAAUCGAGUUGGGUAGUGUAAUAAGGUCAAAUGGCAAAGUAACAGUAAACGAAAUACUGAAAUUACAUAGCAAGUUAUCUGAGCCAUGUAAGUAAUUAGCAAACAACGCAUGAUCAAAUUUCAGCACUGUGGUGUUGCUGUUGUUAUGAUUAACAAGUAUAUAAUAUAAUCUGAAAAGUAGAUAUAAGUCAAAUUCGUAUACAAUACAGUUAUUGUUUUGCUGUUAUUAAUACCGAUACGUAUGGCUCAUGUAGUUCUUUAAAGUAAAUGUUAAUUAAUAGAGGUGCAGGGGCGUGUGGUAGGUGAUGCAUAUCCAUUGUCUACUUAGAACACUUCCCAAAGGUAGUGUGUUGUUUGUUGCCUAGUAGUGUUUAUACUUCUUUAGAUAUGUGUCCAAAAUUACAUUAUUAUAUGUUUAUUACAAUCAUUAUAGUCAAGCUUACACGUGUUUUGUUUAUCGCAACAUGUUUGAAAUUAGGCAUUAAAUAUUACCGUUAUUGUUUUAAGAUACGAGAUAAACUUCAUUUUGUUACGUUUGUUUUGGAUGUUUUACUUUUUCAUUAGUUUUGUACCAUAGAAUUCUAUUGAUGUCGAUACAGAUAAAUUUAUUUGCGUGUGAAGAGAUAAUCAUAUUUACUUUCUACAAUCCUACGUAAACACACAAAAAUGUACACAAACUUCAUUCAUUACUAUGCUGUAGAUAACUUUUAUGUCUUAGUAAAGAUUUUAGAUUGCUGUUAUAUUUUAUUUUGCAAUAUGUAAUAAGUUGGUUAUUAGUAAUCUAACGUGAAAAGGAAAAGCAA